UUGACAGAUUACCAGAAAGCAAAAUAAACAUCUUCGACUUUUGCUUUUUUUCUUAAAAAAAUGAAAAAAUCGGUAUAAAUUUAUUAAUUAUUAUUGCAUGUGUCGAUAAAGUUACGUUGCGAAAAAUUAGUGUGAAGGAUAAGAUUAUUUUGUGAUUUUUGAGAAAAUUUUCUAAAAAAGAAAAACAAAAAUAAAUAUUAAAAAUGUCAUAUAUUGAUCAUGGAUCACGGAUUUUUAGUGGCGCAAAUGGAUUAUCAAUGAGUUACGGGGAUUAUGUUUUGCCGAGAAAAAGGUCAGAGGGCCGAUUAAAAACUCAUGACUCCUGUUCUGAUAUAAGAGCAUGGAGUUUAAAUCCCACGGAAAAUUCACGAUAUUUUCGAGAACUGGCUGAAGACAUUCCAAAUAGUGGAAAAGUUGUACCUUUCAAUGUCUUGAUAGAUAAUUUGAUCAAAAUGGGAUCACAAACGCAAGAGGAACUUGAAUCAGUAAAAAAGGAACUGGAAAAUUACAAAUCUUUGAAAUUAACAGUCAAGCAGAAAGAAGAACUGGAAAGAUUCGCAAAUACAUUCGACGACGGAAAUAAAGUGGAAAAAGAGAAGAAAACAUCGCUUUUGAAAAUGAUAAAAGAUACAUUUUCGAGUAAUGAUGAUGCAGUUUCAGAUUUCGCUAGCGAUAAUAUAGAUGUGUCAGUUCAAGUAAAACCACUAGUUACUCAAACGGCUGUUCAAAAUGAUUCCUCCGUAUGUGAGAGUGGAAAAACAACGACAGAUUUUACUUCCUCAACGUCAAAAUCAACAUUAAGAGACGAGAAGUCAUUUUGUUCUGUAAAUUCGGAAUUUGAAAAUGAGAGCGUCAGUGAAUCGGGUAGAUCAAUUUAUGAGACAGAAGUCAAUAGAUCAAUUAUUAUUGAAAAAGAUUCCAAGAUAAUUGCACUUGAAAAUGAAGUUGAGGCGAAAAAUGUUGAAUUAGAAGAAAGGGAAGAGAAAAUUAAUGGCAUGAGAAUCACUGUAUUAAGUAUGAAAGAUGUUAUUGAUCAAAAGUCUUUCGAAGUUGAAGAUUUAAAAACUAAAUUGAAACUAAAUAAACUUGAAAAAAGAAGAUUGCAAGAAUCUCUCAAUAAUCAAUGUGUUGUGUCGGAUGCUCAAUUGGAAGAAAUAAAUAAACUUCGAUAUCGUGUUAAUCAUGAGGAAAUUAUACAAAGCAAUUUACUUAGAGAAUUGGAUCAAAUGCAAAAAGAUCGUGAUUCUUUUAAGAGAAAAAUUGAUGAAAUGCAAAAGGAAGUAAGGGAAAAAACAGAUAUUCUUUGUGACAACGAAAGAGAAUAUCAUGAGUUAUUUCUAUCGUGGGAAAGAACAUCGGAAGAAUAUAAAACAUCCAAAGCGAAAACCAUGGAAGUGUUAAAGGCUCUUGAAUACGAAAUUGAUGAGAAAAAUAGAGUUAUUUCAAAAUGUGAAAAGAAAAUUUUAAACGUUGAACAAGAAAUUGGUGAUAUUUUCGUUAUGCUUCAAACAAGUUUAAGUGAAAUUGAAUUUAUCGAUAAAGGCGAAAUGAAUCUUGAUAAUUGUCAAAAUGACAAUAUUAUUUUACAAACAAAAGCAACUGUUAGUAAUGUACAUCUUCUUAUUAAAUUUCUUGAAACUGAUCGUAAAGAAUUACAAAAACAAUUGGACGAAGUUAAAAGUGAGAAGAAAAAUGAAACCGUUUGUGCGGUUUGUGAUGCGGGGACUUAUGUAAAUUAUGAAAGUUCCAUAGAAUUUGAAGAAACACCAAAAGAAAGUGAAAUUGAAAUUCAAAACUUGAAUGAUGAUAAAUGCUUAUUGAAUAAACUUGCUAACAAUUCAGAAAAUAGUCAAGAUCAUAUAGAAUCACAAGUGACUGAUCAGGAAUCAACGAUAGAAAUGUGGAAUUGCUCGUUUGAUGAAAAAAUAGAUUCAGCUCUCGAAAGUCACGUGACCUAUUCUAUUCUCAAAAUUCGUAAACUUGCCGAAACGUUCAAAAAUGUGGAUAUGGAAAAAUUGAAAACAAUUCAAGAAUUGAAGAGCGAAAUAGAAAUAAAGAAUUUGGAAAUAAAAAAAUUGACGAAAUUAAAUAAUGAAAAUAUUCGACGCAGCGAAGAUUUGUAUGAGAAAGAAAAAUUCAAUCUUGAUGAAAAAAAUAAAAUGAAAGAGGAAAUUCACUCCUAUAAAUUAAAUUUAUUUGAUUUAAAUGAAGAAUAUAGGACUUUACAACUGCAAGCUCAAAAAUUGCAUGAUGAUAAAAAUAUUCUACUCAAAAAUUAUGAAAAAGCUCAAAAAGAAAUUGAAUUUAGAAAUGAAGAUUUAGUGCGGAUUCAAAAUUCUAAACAAAAAAUACAAGAAUUGCAGUUAAGAUUGAAAUCUUUGCAAGUGAAGAAUGAAAUACUGGAGAAAGAUUUAGAAUCACAACAAUUAGAAGCACAACAAAUAAUUGAAGAUGAAAGAAUUAAGUUUGAAAAUUUACAAAACGAGAAAGAAAGAAUUGAACAUUUAUUUGAAAAAAUUGAAAAAGAAAUUGAAUUGAAAGAUAGUUUAAUUGGAAAUUUAAGAGAUGAGAAUUCUGAUCUUGCUGAAAAGGUAGAAAGAUUCGAGAAAAAUGUCAUGGUUAUUGAAGAAAAAUUAAAAUACACAAGUAGUAAAACAUUGAAAGAAUUACAAAAAAAAGUGGACAUUUUAAAUGAAGAAAAAAUGCAAAAUAUAAUUGAGGAAAAUAAAAAUCUCACGUGUUGCAUUGAUAUUUUGAAAGAACAAUUCAAAAAAAUUAUUACAGCAGAAAAAAUUGAAAAUAAAGUCACAAUUGACAUUGAACGUUCGAAUAAAAUGAUGAAAAAUGUUGAUCGCUUCAGAGAAAAUUAUGAAAAUCAAAUUCUUCAAGAAAAGGAAAGAAAAAUUGAGUCAAUCGUCUCAAAAGAUAUAACAGAAGAAAAUAAUUCACCUUCGAUUGAUUGUUUAAGCGAGAAAACGAAAAACCACUUGGAGAAUGAAAAUCGACAAAGAGAAGGUGAAAUUGAAAAAUUAAAGUGUCAAUUAAAUGAAAAGAAUGUAGAAAUUCAAACAUUAGAGGAAAAACAUAAACAAAUGCUGAUAACUGUAACAAAAAAGAAAGUCGAAGAAAUAAAAAAUUUAAAAAAUUAUCACGACCAAAAAAUACAAAAGCUGGAAGAUAAUUUUAAUAAGUGGAAUAAUGAUGGAUUAUCUUUUGGUACAGAAAAUUGGCUCGAGUCUCUCAAUAUUGAAGAAUUAAAAAUGUUGUGUCAGCGAAUUGCUUCCCUCUUGCCAGUUGAGGAAUUAUCGAAAAUUUUCAGCAAUAAACAAAAUAAAAGUCUUCAGGAACAUUUAAGCGAAAAACAAGAACUAAUUGAUAAAGUGAUGGAAUUGGAAAAACAUAUUUUAAAAUUGAAAAAUCAGAAUAAAAUCAAAGUUGAAGAACUGGAAUUAAAACUUGAUCAGGAGAGAUGCAAAUCUGCAAGACUUCAAAAGCAUUUGUCACAAACUUAUGACGAUGGAAUUAGUAAAGAAGCGAAAUUUUAUCAAUCUUUAGUCGAGCAAAAUUAUAUAAAAAAUAGAUCUUUAUAUUAUCAGUCAGGGAGAAAAAAAAUUUUAUUGGAUAGAAAAGCAUUCUCUGGUGAUGAAUGUAAUGACAAUAGAAGUACGAAUUUUAUUCAUUUAUGUAGUAAAAAUAUGCGACGUAAAUAAUUUGUUUUUUUUUCAAUGAAAAGCUACUGAGAGAAAUUUCAUCAAUACUACAUUACUAACACAUGAAAAAGAAAUUCGCAAUGUUUGUGUUUAAUAAGAGAAUACAUUUUAUGCAUUGAAAAAAGUGGUUGCCUAUAUAUUUUUAUCUAAACAUUUUGAAAAAAGUUGUAUUCUUUUUUUUUAUAAACAUUUACACAUCCUCUGUAUGUUAAAAUGCGAAAUAGAAAAAUAUUAAAAAUUAUUGCACACAUCUAUAAAUAAUC